CAGUAGCCCUCUGCCUGCUUCCCGUUGACAAUGCUCCGGUCCGCCGUCCCGCGGCUCUGCUCCUCCGCCUCCCCUCUCGACACCGUGCGGAUGUUUCGUGCCCAGCGGGACCUCCGGCUCUCUCUGUCAGUGACAGCUGUGGUGUAGCUAUGCAUGUUCCCGGGUGGAUUUUGACUCUCGUCUCCACUUGAUGACAGGACCGUGGACAUUUGACUUGUCACCACCUGAUUAUUCCACUUCCUGCACUCGCUCUGAUACUGUUAACCAUGCCAGAUGCAGCACAAUAACGAGUCGCGCCGGGGGUUAAAAACUCCAGUUUUUCUAAUCUCCCAUCAGACGGCUGCCAUAUUUGUGCGAGCAUGAGAAACUGAGCAGAGACGCAGUAAACACAAGCCAGACUGAAGGAGCCGAAGUGCUUGACGGGAAAGAGGAGCCAUCCUCUCAGCGGGUUGGCAGCGCCUGAGGCAACCAGGCCCUGAGGAUGACGAGCCUGUUCAGGCGCAGCAGCAGCAAUGGAGGCUCCAGAAGCAGCGGGAGUGGUGGCGGUGGCGGCGGCGGCGCCGGACAGGGACAGCUCAACAACAGCAGGCCCAACCGGCAGGUCCGACGCCUGGAGUUCAACCAGGCCAUGGAGGACUUCAAGACCAUGUUCCCCUCUAUGGACUACGAGGUGAUCGAGUGCGUGCUGCGCUCCAACAACGGAGCCGUGGACGCCACCAUCGACCAGCUGCUGCAGAUGAGCAUUGACGGACAGGGCACGGAUGACAGCUCCGACUCGGAUGACAGCAUCCCGCCGGAGAUUCUGGAGCGGACUCUGGAACCGGACAGCUCUGAUGAAGAGCCACCUCCAGUUUACUCUCCGCCCACAUAUGACAUGCACAUUUAUGACAGAAAAUACCCAGAAGCCCCACCGACGCCUCCACCACGUUUUGAAGCCCAGCCACCUCCAGGUCACCAGCAAGUCCGAAGCUACAAAAACUGGAACCCGCCUCUCCUCGGGAAUCUGCCCGACGACUUCCUGCGGAUCCUGCCACAGCAGCUGGACAGCAUCAAGAGCUCUCAGAGCAGUCUCUCUCAGCCUUCGUCCUCCUCCUCCUCGUCAGUGUCUUCAAUAAGCCAGUGGACAGCUCAGUCCGGCUCCGCUUCAGGAGCCGCGGGGACUGCCGGAGGUGCCGGUUUGACCGCAGCGGCCACAGAGCAGGACAAGAAGCUGAAGCAGUAUCUGGAGGACGAGCGCAUCGCCCUGUUCCUGCAGAACGAGGAGUUCAUGAGAGAGCUGCAGCGCAACCGCGAGUUCCUCAUCGCCUUAGAAAGAGAUCGCUUGAAGUAUGAAUCAAAGAAAUCAAAGUCCAAUCAUUCAUCUAGCAUGGAGAGUUCCACAGGGGAGCAGUACUCGGCGGCCGCCAUGGAGGCCGCCUCCGACGACGCCCUCUUCAGAGACAAGCUCAAACACAUGGGGAAGUCGACGAGGAAGAAGCUGUUUGAGAUCGCCAGGACGUUCUCAGAGAAGACAAAGAGGAGGAAGUCUAAAAGACGGACGCUCCUCAAGCACCACUCACUGGGCACAGCCAACUCCACAGCCAAUCUCCUGGAUGACGUCGAAGGAAACCCCUGUGAAGAUAAUGGCCAGCCAAGAAGAGCAAACACUCAGGAAGAGACAGAACAACGCAGUGAGCCUAUAUCAUGAUCCCACUGUGCUGCAUCAUAUCACCGUCACACGGCUGGUGGGGGCUUCCCGGAUCCUCCUGCCCCCCCAAACCGGUCUCAUCCCACCUGAACCCUGAGCAGUGAGACCCCCACCACCGCCACCACUACUCUCUCCUCCCCCCGACCUGUGGAGAGGACCUGGACUGUUCCCAGCACUGGGCUAACUGUAAAUGCAUCACCUCUGUAUUAUAACACUUCGUUGAUAUAUCAUUUUAAAUGUAAAGGAAAAAAAAAGCAUUAGUCCUUCCAGUAGAUCAGCUUCCUUUAAUCCACUGAGAGGAAACACUAGCUUAGUGAAGACUUUCUCCCUCGUGUUCCCCCUCUCGUUGUGUCCAGUAGCAGACUGUAUGUUUCUGAACGGACUCCCUCAGGCCGGGCAUUUCCGAUCCAAAGUGUGCAGAUGCCCCUUUAUACACUAAAACAUAUAGAGCUUUUUUACCAUGUUUUUCUUAAUCAGAUUGUAAUAUUUUGCUGUUGUUGAAUGUCGGGGCGGAACUGUAUUUCCUACACGUCUGAAUAUUGUGGCCAUUGAAGCUGUGGCCGCCCUCGCCCGGCCACGCCCGUCCAUCGCCAUAAGAACCGCCGGGUCUCCUUUCAAGGACUGUUUUUUUUAAAACCAUGAAGAUGGAGUUUGGAGGAGGUUUCUAGUCUGCUUGGUUCGGCGAGGUGAAACAUUUCCGACUCGUUUUGGGAUUUAUUUUGCAGCGCUAAACCGUAUCGUCCACAGAGGUGCUCUCAGAGUAAAUCCUAAGGAAAUUUCUGUAUUUUAAAUUGCUUCAAAUCAUAGAUGAAGUGAAUGUUGUCUGUGAAUGCUGCUUGUGGAAAUCAAGCACUGACUGACGUUACAAAGGCAUCAUCAGCCAGUUAGUUGGGAAGAUUAAAUUAAUUCAACGAGAAAAUGUCGUCCAGCAGAUAUUUUGUUUUUCUCACGUUAACCUGAAAGUUGUUGAGUUUUGGUGGCUUAAAACUUGACUAAACUGAAGUAUGAUUUUCGUCCAACCCAAUACUUCCUGUUUGUAGACAUACCCAAAUAGUUUUCAUGCAUCGAUAGACGAAGCAGAAUUGGUAGCUAAAGCUAAAUAAACAAUGUAAUUUUGGCCAAAGGCAAAACUAAGCAAUUCUGACAUCAGUUGAGUGGAAUCACAGUUAUAUAACUCUGUUUUGGUCUGUAAAUGCAAACAUUCAGUGAGUUCAACUCAGACAGAGUUGUUUGCACUUCAGAUAACUUGAACUUGAUUGGUUUAAAGUCCAGCUGCAUAAAGAAUGAGUUCCUCCUCUCAUGGAGUCUGAUGUUCAAGCUAAAACCAAGCUGAAUGAAGAUUCCAGAGUGUGAAGAAGUUUCGGACGCUCCAUGCCAAUUUUCUUCGUCUGUUGUGAAGAAACAAAGUAAAGUACAAAACAGUUCUAAGUCACCAUCACUUCAUUUGAUCAUGAAUGACAUGGUCUAACUACUGGCUCAUCAUUUUCAAUUGAUUUUCAUAGUUUAAUAAGAAACGAUAUGAUUUAUUCCAAAUGAAAUCUGAAUCAGAGGUGACUAAUUAGUAGAGAACCACUGGAACAGUUUGGUGUUGGAAUGUCCGGCGAUCUAAAGAUGUCAGAUGUUUAGAGUAUGAGUUGAUCUUCAGAGCCUAUUUUGAUAGAGCGAAAAGGCUGGAACUCCCCUCAACCUUAAGUUCGGCGAAACAGCCGUAGACGUAUAAAUGAUGUUCUUUCAUUUUUUGCUCAAUGUCAGCUGGUUUCCCUUUCAGCUUCCAUGACCAGUGAAGUGUGAGGUGAAAAUGGAUGGACGGACUAACUUUCCCUUUUGAUCAACGUCUGCAGAGAUUGGCCACAAAUAGCUUGGAUAAAGUGGAUGUGAGUGUUUGAGAAGUGUUGGGAUAAAAGAGCUAAAAACUGAUUAGAGAGUGACAGUGAGAUUGAAAAAGUCUUGUUUUUUUUUUUUUUUUUUGAGGAUUAGCUGUCGUCAAAUGCAGUUUUAAACUGAUAUUAUUUUUAAGUCGCAAAGAAGAUUUACUUCCCAACCAGUUUCUGGAUAAUCAGAAUGUCUUUAUGGAUUUUUGAGGUGUGACGGCUGAUUAAUUUGUUUAACCUGUAAAAGUCAAUACAAAGUCUCAGUAUCUUGUCAUUUGUUGGACUUCAAUGAACAGACACCGUUUCCAUGACGAUCCACCCACUAAUGUCCUUGGGCUUACCUCUGGCGUCCGGAGGUUCUCCGCUCCAUUAUUGUUCUUUAUCUUCCCGGGCGUUUUUUGCUGGUGGAUCGUGAGACUCGGCGGCCCUUCAUGAAACAAAGAGUCCUCUCAGAUUGCCUCCAGAUGUGAAGAACUACCUCCUCCCGCUUUGUGUUUGUUCUGAUUAGCCGGUUCUCACCUCGCCUUACCGAACCAAACUGAAACCUGCCUCCUGGAACACUUUGCUAAUAUUCUGCCAGGUUUCCACGACUCCUGCACAAAGCCAAAAAGACCAUUUCUUUAGCAAGACGUCACGGAGACGGGAUAUAUCACUCAGAAGUACUCAGCCAUAUCUUUGAGGAAACCCUGUCCUUGUUAUCUGGCCUCCUUCUGGAGGAGAACACGUUUGUAGAUGCCAAACCUUGACGAGACGAGAACGAGUGUGAAGCCGACGGGAAUAAAAUCCAUUAAAAAAAAUCAUUUUCAUGAGGUUUUCUGGCCUCCUCUUUAUGUUUCCAUUUGUAUGUGUAGAUGUGAAAGUAGCAUGGACAAAACUAGAAGAAAGUCUGAUGUGAGGAGGAGAGGAAC